UUGAAUCGAGGGAGGCAGGGCUUGUCUUCUUUCCUCAGAGCAGAGCCUGACAUCUCCCCACCACAGACGUUUGAACAGAGCAGGCUCCUGAGGUCUCCAGGAUGCCUGUCGCAGCCUCCUGGCCCCACCCUCCUGGUCCUUUCCUGCUGCUGACUCUACUGCUGGGACUCACAGGAAGGUUGUGUGAGGAGGAGCUGCAGGUGAUUCAGCCUGAGAAGUCCGUGUCAGUCGCAGCUGGAGAGUCAGCCACUCUGAACUGCACUGUGACCUCCCUGAUCCCUGUGGGGCCCAUCCAGUGGUUCAGAGGAGCUGGACCAGGCCGGGAAUUAAUCUACAGUCAGAAAGAAGGCCACUUCCCCCGGGUAACACCUGUUUCAGACCCCACAAAGAGAAGCAACAUGGACUUUUCCAUCCGCAUCAGUAACAUCACCCCAGCAGAUGCCGGCACCUACUACUGUGUGAAGUUCCGGAAAGGGAGCCCCAGUGUGGAGUUGAAGUCUGGAGCAGGCACUGAGCUGUCUGUGCGUGCCAAACCCUCUGCCCCCGUGGUAUCGGGUCCCACAGCGAGGGCCACAGCUGAGCACACAGUGAGCUUCACCUGCGAGUCCCACGGCUUCUCCCCCAAAGACAUCACCCUGAAAUGGUUUAAAAAUGGGAAUGAGCUCUCAGACUUCCAGACCAACGUGGACCCCGCAGGAGAGAGCGUGUCCUACGGCAUCCGCAGCACAGCCAGGGUGGUGCUGACCCGCGGGGACGUUCACUCUCAAGUCAUCUGUGAGGUGGCCCAUGUCACCUUGCAGGGGGACCCUCUUCGUGGGACUGCCAACUUGUCUGAGGCCAUCCGAGUUCCACCCUUCUUGGAGGUUGCUCAACAGCCCAUGAGGGCAGAGAACCAGGCGAACGUCACCUGCCAGGUGACGAAGUUCUACCCCCAGAGACUACAGCUGACCUGGUUGGAGAACGGAAACGUGUCCCGGACAGAAAUGGCCUCAAGCCCUCCAGAGAACAAGGAUGGCACCUAUAACUGGACGAGCUGGCUCCUGGUGAAUGUAUCUGCCCAUAGGGAUGAUGUGAAGCUCACCUGCCAGGUGGAGCAUGAUGGGCAGCCAGCGGUGAACAAAAGCUUUUCCCUGAAGGUCUCAGCCCACCGGAAGGAGCAGGGCUCAGAUGUCACCCAUGGUUGUCUAGGCUGGCAGGCAAACUGCAGGAUGCCUUCUGUGACGUGCUGCAUCAGUGGCGUGGGAGCCUAGUGAGAGACUGUGCACUAGGGUUAGGUGAGUGUUCCCUUUUGACUCACAGUCAUUUUGCAGUUUGGCCUUCUCUCUUCAAGUAAUAUUUAGAGCCUGGAUUGUGUAGAAUUUACUUUUCCUUUUUUAUUUUUUCUUUUGGCUUGGGGUGGAUAUUUAUAGAGACAAGUAGCUAUGCUACUGCAAUUGUCCCCAGCAGCUCCUAAGUUAACUGACAAUCUUUGAGUACUUUGACCCAGAUGUCUCCUCCCACAUCUCAGGGUCCCACAACUUCCCCAUCAGGGCCCUACCCCAGCAUAGCAGCCAUUGAAACUGAGAUUCAUCCUCCUCUGUGAUUCUGCUACUCUUCUGUGAUGCCCAGGACCCGAUCCUCUAUUCCUUCUGCCCUGUGGCUCCAAAAAAUAAGAAUCUACACUGCUGCCAAGAAGUCCUCUGGCUUCAGCACUGAACCUUAACUCAUGAUCAAUCACUCUUAGUUUCUCAUUGUCUUUCUUCCAAGGAUUCAUGCCCAGCAACAGCUAACACCUUAGUUCUUAUAAGGACCAUUUCCCAAUCUGUUUUCAAAAGGCUGAGGGAAAGGAAUUUCUUCCUGGGGUUACAUCAUCCGCCCCACUCACCACCAGCCCUGGGGUCCUCCUUGCCAGCUGAUGAGUAAUCAGAUUCCAAACUUAUAUUUUAGAGUCUGCUUUCCAGACCACUUUCCAAGGUCAGUUUCUCUGGGAGGCCAACUGGGGAUGGAUAAAGGAAUGCAGGAAGCAUCCUAGAAUGCUGUCAGGGUCAACAUGCCUCAGGGAAUGAGGAGGCAGGAGUGUAGGAAGAGGGAGGUGCUGAGCCACAGUGCAGGCAGGACAAACACGGAGCUGCUCCUGCAGAGAGGCCAAAGGCUGGAGGGUCCUGUAGAGUUGUUUUAAAUUGAGGGUAGGGGCUGGCCCUUCAUAUUCCCAAUGCAGUCUAUCGCUCACGUGGGCUGCCCCCUAGAAGGAGUAAAUUUGGGCAGUCCAGCUCUCCUCAAGGGAGAGAAAGCCCCAGAGAACCACCCAGCUGAGAACUGCCGGCUUGCAACACCCCAGCGGCCACAGAUGCUGAGGUCUCCCUUCCUUCCUUAAGGACCCACCAGCACCAUUUAAUUUAAAAAAGAGAGAGAAAAAAUUAAUACCUUUGUUACUUUUACCAGCCGAAACCCCUUAUUUAAAAAAUGCAGAGUCCAAACAUGUGCUUCUGUAGAUCUGACUCUCUGUGUCCAACAGAAAGAUUUCAGAUGACAUCUGCACUGGAGUUGAGGUGGGAUAGAUGAUGUCUGAGGCCCUCCCAAGCAUGACACCCAUUCCCUGACUCACCUAGGGUCUUUUCCAGACAGCAGGUUUCAUUAGUUCUUGUCCCUGGAGGACUCCCUGAGAUCAUGAGUAUAUGGGGUCAUCCGCCUACCCCUGGGGCUAAGAAGGGCAGCGUGCAACUCUCUCACUCUGAAUCCAUCCUCACACCACCUGCCCACCCUUUCCUAAUCAUUCUUAUGACCCUGGGGUGUUGGACUUGUUUUGGACUCAGGAGUCACCCUUGGGGACAUAAUGACGGGCUCCCCUAGAUUUGGAUCCCACUAAUCUCCUGGCACUCCCUAAACUCUCUGGCCUCAGUUUCCCCAUCAGAAUGGAAGAAUACUCCCUGCCCCACAGGCUUAUGAGGAUCAAGUGAGGAACCCAGUUGCCAUACAUAUGAAUUCCUGAGCACAUACUCUCUCCACCUUUUCC